CCGGCAGCAACGAGUGCGCAUGCUCAGAAGCUGCCCAGCAGACGUUAGCAGGCUGCUAGCUGCACUGUGCACAAACAAAAUGCCUCGGUUGUGUAUCGUCGACGGCUGUCAGGGCAUAAACAACGGCUAUUUAUUCCCCCGGGACAAAGAUGUCCGCAUGCAGUGGAUGGCACAGCUGAAGGGGAGGACGAGGCACUCGCCCUCCACCAGGAGCUUCAUCUGCUACGCUCAUUUUCGACAAGACGACUUCAGCAACUGGUACCAGAAGGCGCUCGGGUUUGCGAGCAAACUGGUGCUGAAGAAAGACGCGGUUCCGUCGGUGUUCAACAGCCAGGAGGACACGGGAACAGCGGUCAAAGUGGGGUUUAAGUCUAUUGUCCCUCUAAAAGAAGAGGAACCUGCAUCUUGUCAAGCCUCAGCCCUGUCUCUGCACCCAGAAACUGCUGAAAUUAACAAUCAGUACGUGGACGUCCCCCUGCAAGACAACUCCAAAUCCACAGUCAAACAGACGGGUCGUUUCAGAAGGAAAGGUGUUCAAGUAAAUAUACCCCGAAAGGAUGCUUCAUUAAAUGUAAAUGAGAUAGGCCUACAUCCUGUGAACAUGGAGAGACCAAUUCUGCAGCACAUUAUCGAUGAGGAGGCCAUCUUGCAGCUGAUGGAGAACUGCCCCAGGUGUAACAAAAAAUGCCGCUGCACCAAGCAUGCACGAAGCCCUUACUUCAUUGUGUACCAGAGCUGCUACUUCUGCGAGUAUCGCCGCAAGUGGGCCAGCCAGCCAGAGGCUAAAAAUAUGAAUCUCUUUAAGCAACGGAGCGAACCACGGAAGAAGAAACUUCCCUUGUUGAAAACUGUGUCUCCAAGUCAGCCAUCGCCACCUGAACAGAUCUGCCUUUCCAAACCCCCAGACUCUGAGUCUGGCCAGCAGUUACAGAGCUGAUCAACAUAGUAACUGUAUUAUCCAAUCCUGCAACAGCUUUCAGCCCCUGUUAGACCACCGUGACGUACAAGACGUUACAGGAAAACAAACCUACCUCAUGGUUAAUAUUUGAUUUAUACAUAGGCCUACAUGUCGGGCUGCACAGUUAGUUGUAGAAAAUCAAAUGUGCAAUGGGCUCCUUGUGGCCAAAAGAGGUUGAAGUCCCCAUGAAAUGACCUCACAUACUACCGUUAGUAGUGACAUCAUCCUGCACUAGUUGGUGCAAAUUCAAAUUUCAACCAAUAAAAAAUCCUUAAACAUCCUUUCUCAUCCACCUAUCCCUUCAAAUAAAAGGGUUUCUCUCCCAAACUGAUAUCCUGUUCGUGUGCACUUGGGAAUCAUCCUUCUCUGCACUACGUUCCGUCAGGAAAUACAUAAAAUCAAGAAAGUAAGAGUCUAUUUCAUGGGUUAGGAAAUAGACUCUUAGUUUCUGGUAAGAAGGAAAGAGAGAAACCUUACAUUGGCAAGGUUUGAAAAGACAUGAUAACAGACAAAGUGGAGAGGAAAGACAUUCCUCCUGAGUCUGAAAACACUCCUGACAUGACUUCAGUCUUUCGGAGUUAAUUUGAUUUUAAACCACAGUGACGUGCAAGUUCAGAUUCUGUUUUCCUUAGGCUUGUAGUUGUGCCCCGAAGUAGUAAAGUAGGUGCUAUUUAAAAUUUGUAAAACUGAUGAUGACUGUGCAGCCCUUCAUAUGAAGUAGUGCGUGCAUGAACAAAAGCCAUUUUAGAUAUGGGAAAAUGGAUGCUGACUGAAAGGCAAAGGUCCUAACGUACUUUGUG